GUGUGUGUUGUGUAUGCGCGCGUGUGUCUUUGUGGGUGUGAAGUGUCAACUAUCCAUUUCCCAUCCAAAACACCAACAAAUAACAAAAGAGAUCCCAACGAAGCUUCCUACCACUUCUCUUCAUCUCCUCACUUUCCCUUUUUCACUUUUGAGAUUUCAUCUUCCAAACCCCAUUUUAUAUAUUUAUCACUCAAUCCAUUCCCCAUUUUCAUUCUAUCCUCUGUCUUCUAUUUGCUUCCACCUUCACUUCUUUCUUUCAGUUGUUUGGUCCAAAUUUGUGAUCAAUGGAACGUAGUUUGAAAAGAAAGUCCCCGGAGAAAUUUUCCUUGGAUGACCUGAAUGAAGAUGUCUUCGAAAGGGUACUGUCGUGGCUACCGACUUCAAGUUUCUUUCGCCUCACUUCAGUCUGCAAAAGAUGGAAAUCAGCUGCUGCUUCUGUGAGUUUCAAGCUUGCCUGCUCACACAUUCCUUCGAGGGAUCCAUGGUUUUUCAUGGUUGCUCCAAGCCUCAACCAAUCUGUCAUCUUCGACUCUGCCGAAAACAGUUGGAAAAGACUCAAUCAUCCGCGUCUUCUUCUCGAAGAUUCCAACAGAAGUUGCAUGCUGGUUGCAGCUUCUGGUGGUCUUGUUUGCUACCGAACUUCGUCCGGAAACUUCAUUGUGUGCAAUCCCGUUACUGGAUCUUGUAGCGAACUCCCACCGAUGAAUUUCGCUUUGGAAAAUCAAUGUCUCAAUGCUGUUGUUAUGAGUACAUCUUUCAUAGACUACAAAGUAUCCUACAAGAUUGUAUUGGUCUUCGGUGAACUCCCUAAUCUUUCAUUUAAAGUUUAUAAUUCCAGCUCUUCCUGUUGGGAAGACGAUAAUCCUCUUGGGAGGAAGGUCGACGAUAGUUCGAUGGAAUGUGAUUCAACUGACGACAAUGUUGUGUACUUUCUUAGCAAGGCCGGAAAUGUGGUGGCAAGUAGCAUGCAGAGGAGUCCAACGAAGCAAUAUUCAUCGGUUUUUACUAACAAAGACGGUGAAGAGAUAGUUUAUUUUCUUAGUUCUUCGGGGACGGUGGUAGCUUGCAAUUUGACUAGCAAGUGUUUCUUUGAGUAUCCUAGGUUGUUGCCUGUUUUCUGUGAGUACUCGAUCGAUAUUGUCGAGUGUAACGGCGAGAUGUUAGUUGUUUUGUUAUCAGAAUUCUUGGAAAGCACAAGUCUUCGAGUGUGGAAAUAUGACGAAGCUAACCGAUGUUGGCAACAGAUUGCAGCAAUGCCUGCAGCAAUGUCUCAUGAAUGGUAUGGAAAGAAGCCGGAUAUCAACUGUGUUGGUGCCGGUUCUCGGAUUUUUAUAUGCUUGAACUCUCCUGAGUUAUGUACUUAUAUUCUGUGUGAUUUGGUGACCAAUGAAUGGGUUGAAUUGCCGAAAUGUUGCAUCAACGGGGAAGUCGUUGAGUUUAUGUCUGCAUUUUCGUUCGAACCACGGAUAGAGGCUUCUGUGUGAUAGUGAAAUGCCCUUUUUAUCUUUGGUCUUUGUUAUGAACUCUUUUUAUGUUCUGUUAGUUUGAAUUUUAUUUUGAUUUGUACUUGAUUUUUUCAAGCAACUUAGCUAGAAAUGGAAGCUAACCAAAUGAUUGUUUGCUGACAGAUUUAUUGUAAUUUUCUUAACUGAAUUUCAGUUGUAAACCACUGUUCUCAUUUAGUGGUAUUAUUAAUGAAUGAUCUUCUUGAUGAUUCUUUUUCAA